AUGGCCUCCACCGCGCUAUCCCACGCUUCGGUCGACCCAGACUUCCGCUCCCUCAGCCGUCAGCCAGAACGCGAUCCCGAUAUCCAAGCGACGCUGUCCGACUUCCUCACCUACACCGAGCACUUCCCCUCGCACCUGACGCGCGCCUUGACACUCAUCCAGGACCAGCGCGAGAAGGCAGAGCGGGGUAUCAAGGCAGUCCACGAUGACACAACCUCAUACAGUACUCUGCCGUCUCUCAAGCAUGACCGACCAGACCCAGUCAAGCUGCGGCGCGACAUCAGCUAUGCGCUCGCAGAGGCAGAGGCAGCUUGUCGCAUGUCGGUGGAGGAGGCCGUAAGAUUAGACGAAGAGUGCAAGAGGGAAGCUAGAAGACUGGACAUUGUUACUGAGAAGCUCAAGUCACAGCCGAAACCACCAUCGAGAGACCCAACCCCAGAACAGCAAGCCUUGACUUCCCCGAACUUGAAGCGAGAGCGGCGCAUGAGCACGCGCGCAGAAGAUGCCGCGCGGCCAGAGAAGCAGGCGAGACGUGUGCAAGACAAGGCAGUGAGUAAGCUACGAGGGCGUAAGAUCAUGGUCCCGGGGGAGGUACUACCCCCUCCUGACCCAAACGCCCCGCUGGAGAGCAUGUCAGACUGGACGUCCCCAAGAAAUUCCCCACCACUGCUUGAAGAGCCCCCGAAUUCAUCGGAGAAGGACAAGAAGCAGAAGGGAGCAACGCCGCGGCCACGUUCGCGCACACCGAAGAUCCCAAAGGAUGAGAAGGACAAGGAGAGGGACAGGGAGAAGAAGACGACUCCUAAGCCGCGAGGGCCACGAGCACCUGGACAGCCAGGUACGAAUGCUCACUCAGCCGUUGCCGGAAUAAGCACCUCUAAUGCGCUUCUAGCGCUCACCGAGCCCCCUCAAGAUGCCGCUAAUGGCAGCAAGUGGCUCCCAUGGAUGAAGCUCACAGAGUGGGAGAUGGCCAAGCUGCGAAAGCGGAUGAAGAAGAAUGCCAUCUGGAUUCCUUCGCAGACCAUGGUACGUCGUGAGCUUAAGAAUCUUGGACGUGGCAUUGCGGGCAAGGAGGCGGCGCGGCAGCGUGCUGGGGAGGCAGGUGAGGAGUUUGUUGAUGAUCACAACGAGCCAGAUCCGACCAAAGUCCUCAUUAGUGGUGAGGAGUCUGCGCAGAUCAAUGCGAUACUGGGCCCGCAGGCGUAUGUGGAUGACGAGGAUGCUGACGCAGAGCUCAUCAAUCGUGGCAUGAGACUGAACGAGGCAAAGAAGUUGAAGCGACAGCGAUUGCUGGAAGAGCAGGCUCUCCAGGCGCAGCUCGCCCGUGAGCAAGGGGUCGAGCCCUCGCCAGAGAAGCUUCCUUCUCCAGAAGCAGACAAGAAGAAGCGGAAGCGUGAAAGCACGCCAGCAGCUGGUGCUUCUGCAGAGACAGAGGAGAAGUCCAGGCCAGUCAUCAAGAAGCUGAAGAUUGCUCCGCCGGCUCCACCGAAUCAGUCAACGUCCAAGGUCCCUCUGGCACCUGCAGGCGCUUCUGGAUCACCGACCACAUUCACACGCAGCCGUCGAGCGGCCACGCCAAUCGAAUCUCGAAAGCCGACCAUCACAAUCAAGCCCAACAAAGCAGUCUCAGAGGAGCCGCCAAACCGACGUGCGAGCUUACGUCGGAGUAGUAAUGCGAGUCUGCCCAGCACCGGUGUCACUUCUAGCAACCCUUUGAAUUCACCCAAAAGCGCCACCGCUCAGCCCACCACCAAGAGUGGUCGACGGAGUAGGCGGCCUGCUCCUGGAGUCAUCACAUCCAACGACGACGACAGUGCCAAGGUUGGCGUUUCGAAGCGUAAGGCCGCGCCGAGAAAGAAGGGUGCCUUGAAGAAAGACUCUGCUGCUCCACAAGAUCAAGGUGCUAUCCCAGCGGGCGAUAACACCGAAGACUACAUCGACCCGGACGAGCCUAGGUAUUGCCUCUGUGGCGAUGUCAGCUGGGGCACGAUGAUUGCGUGUGACAACGAUGACUGCGAGAAGGAGUGGUUUCACCUGGAAUGUGUGCAGCUGCCCGGCAUGCCGCCGAGGCGCACCAAAUGGUACUGUCCCGAUUGCAGAAAGAAGCUGAAGUUGGGACAGAACAGGGAUGGCUUAGUUGGAAGGAAUGUUACUCGGUGA